AUGGGAGAGAACCCAAGAGUGGCGUUGAAGAAAUUAGGGAUUCCGGGUGCAUAUAGGUUUGAGAGCGGGAUUGCUCCACCUACAACACCGGCGAAUGAUUUUGAAAUUAGACUGGCAAUGAUCACUUUUAUAGAGAGGUUACAAUUUAGUGGGGCCAAGCACGAGAGUCCUCUAAACCACUUCAAAGAAUUUGAGAAGUAUUGCAACACUAUUAGAGUGAAUGGAGUUUCACAAGAGUUCAUUCGUUUGAAGCUUUUUCCCUUUUCUCUCAUAGGGCGUGCCUUGGAAUGGUUGGAUAAAGAAGUCAAGCCAAACUCAUUAAGGACAUGGGAUGAGGUUACUAAGGAAUUUAUAUCCCGGUUUUACUCCCAAAAGAAAACAGCGGAGGCAAGAGCACUUAUCCAAAGUUUCAAGCAAAGAUCCAAUGAAAGCCUCUAUGAAGCUUGGGAAAGGUACAAGGAUUAUCAAAGGGAGUGUCCUCACCACGGAAUUCCUACCUACCAAAUCAUUCAAAUCUUUUAUGGUGGUCUAAGCCCUCAAAGGAAGUCUUGUCUUGAUGCGGGAGCCGGAGGACCCAUUAUGAACAAAACGGAAGAGGAAGUUGUGGAUAUCAUUGAAGAUGUAGUGAGGCAUUACAUGUAUUGGCAAGACGGUGAGCGAGAAUCAACAAGUAAGAGUGGAUCUAUGGUUUACUCCUUUGACCACCUCAAUGCCAUCAACAACUUAUCCUCACAAAUCUCAAAUCUAUGGAAGGAGAUGACUUCCAUCAAAGCCAAAUUAGAGAGUGCUUCGUCUUUAGCACCUAUUCUUCCCUCCCAAAAUAAGGGGAGAGGUACAUCUUCCAACUCUUCCCCUCUUUCUACUUCCAAUAACAUGCCUAGUGGAUGCUUGUUUUGUGAUAUAUGUGGUUCGUAUGAGCAUGAUUCUUGUAAUUGCCCUCAUGCUUUUUCGGAUGGAUAUGAUGAUUUUGAUAGUAAUGAGAGUGAUCAUGUGAAUUAUGUGUCUAAUAACAACAAUGGUUCAAGGUUUGAUAAUAAAAGAGGCCAAGGGAAUAGGAACUAUCACAACCAAGGAAAUUUUGACAACUAUAACCAAGGUAGUGGUUAUAGGAACCGAGGAAACCAAGGUUUCCGAGGGAUUGGACCUAAGAAACCGGCCUAUUCUAUCACUACUAGGAGUGGUAAGGUCCUUGAGGAGAGUAUUUCUAGGAAGAGUCAAGAAGGUGAGAGGGUGAAUGAUUCAUUCAACGAUGAUGAGCAUGAUGUGUCUAGCAAAAAGUGUGAGGUUGCUAAUGAGAAGGCCAAGAUAGGAGAGAGUGUGCAAAAUGAUGUGAUCAAACCCAAACUUCCCUACCCACAAAAGUUCUUGAGGAGCAAGAUUGAUGAUCAAUUUGGAAGGUUUCUUGACAUGCUUAAGGAAAUUCAUCUUUCUAUCCCUUUCACCGAUGCUUUGAAACAAAUGCCAAACUAUUCUAAGUUCCUUAAGGAAAUUUUGAGUGGAAAAAGAGAGUGUAAUGAGGUUGACUCGAUGAAGGUUGGGGAGUGUUGUUGUGCUCUUAUCCACAAUGACUUACCCAAGAAGAUGAAAGAUCCGGGAAAUUUUUCAAUACCUUGCAACAUCAAUGGAAAAGUGUUUCAAAAUAAUCUUUGUGAACUUGGUGCUAGUGUUAACAUAAUGCCAUAUCCCGUCUUCAAAAAUCUUAAGCUAGGUGAGCUCCUCCCAACUAACCUGACCCUACAAUUGGCCGACCGUUCUAUUAAGUUCCCCAAGGGUAGAAUUGAGGAUGUCCCCCUCAAGAUAGGAGAGUUCACUAUCCUUGUUGACUUCAUUGUGCUAGAGGUUACGGAAGAUGACAACAUUCCUAUCAUUUUAGGGAGACCAUUCUUAGCAACUUCGGGUGCCUUGAUAGAUGUGAAGGGUGGCAUUAUUACCUUGUGUGUUGGCAAUGAUUUGGCUAGUUUCAAGCUUAAACCCAUACAUGAAUCCCUUUCUUUUGUGCAAGGAAUUAUGUGCAUAAAUUCGCUUCAUUUGAAUGAUAUGCCUUGCACUCUUUUGUUGUCUACUAAUGAUGCCAUUAAAGGUUGUGACAAUGCUUCUAUAAUCAUUGAUAUCAAAUUGGUUAGUGAUGGCAAGAAAGAGACCUCAUGUCUUGAGGAUGUGAUUGAGAUGUCGGAUUGGUUUGGACUUUCUUUGAAAGAUGAUGUGAGUAGUGGCAUCGAUGGUAUGGAGUUCUUUGCCUUGGGAAAGAAGAAAACAAAGAAGAGAAAGAAAAUUCCCAAGAACAAGAAAGAGAAGUUGAAGCAUAACAAGUUUGAUCCGGUUUUUAUGAUGCAAGAUGAUAUGUCUCAUGAUGUGGUUUUGCCCAAGCUUGGCAAUGACUUUUCCCUCUUCUUCACUUUGGACAAGGUGGCCUUCUUUGACCCUUCAUGA